GACUCCUGACAGCUCGUCACCACAAAGACGCAUUGAAGUCCCGAGAUGUGUGGGGGGGUCUCAGUUACACCCCGAGGAGACAUUUCUAGAGACAAGGCAGUGACAGAGACGACGCACGCGUCCGGCUGAUAGACCAGAUGUCUUACUAAGACCACGUGAUACCCAGCGUCGUGUCCCACAGGACCGUUGACCCCAGAAAUACCGCGAGGAGAUUCCCGAGAUGCAGCACGGGACGCCUCGCACCUGCGAACUACGAGUCCCACAAUUCUCUGCUGCCGACAGGCGGGUCGCCCCGACACGUCCGCGCGUCAGUCGGUGAACAUGGAGGUGACCGCCGCCCGCCGCUCCUUCCUGUGCGAUAUCGGUUUCUGGGCAGACCGGACUGCCCUGCACGAAGCGGCGUUCCACGGCAGGGCCCUGCAGCUGAAACAGCUGAUAGAAAGUGGAGCCUCGGUCAACAUGGUGACGGUGGACAACAUCACUCCCCUCCACGAGGCCUGCAUGCAGGCUCAAGUGAAGUGUGCCCGGCUGCUGCUGGAGGCUGGAGCCCAGGUGGACGUACGGACCAUCCAUGGCAGCACCCCUCUCUGUAACGCCUGCGCUUCUGGCAGCCUGGAGUGUGCCAAGCUGCUGCUGGAGUACGGAGCCAAAGUCAACCCGUCCCUCACGGCUCUCACCGCUUCGCCGCUCCACGAGGCCUGCAUACAGGGCAACGUCGACGUAGUGAGGUUGAUGAUAGCCAGCGGUGCCCAGCUGGAGGCGUAUGACGUCCACUUUGGUCCGCCCCUCCACAUCGCAUGUGCUAAAGGACACGUGGACUGUGUCAGGGAGCUGCUCAUCGCAGGUGCCAAUGUGAAUUCAGUGAAGUUCCACGAGACGGCUUUGCACCAUGCAGCACGAGUCCACAAGGUGGAGAUGAUCGAGCUGCUGGUGGAGUUCGGAGCCAGCGUGUAUGCCAGUGACAACCUGGGAAGAAAACCCGCAGACUACACGACACCUGCGUCUCCCUCUCACGCCUGCCUCCAGUUUCAUGAAAGUAAUCCUCUGAGCCUGCAGCAGCUUUGUAGACUCACUGCGAGGAUGACCCUGGGAACCCGAGCCUCAGAGGUCAUAGGUCGGCUGAACAUAUCCCGCCGCAUCCGCAGCUUCCUCCAGUUCGGUGACCGUCCCACGUCGCUGCAGAGAGACGCACGGACGGAUCCCUGAACCCGAGCGAGAGGCCGCGGGGACGUCAGAUCUGCUGACGAUGGACAACGUUUCAGCUCGCGCGUCAUCAUGGACUCGGGGAUGGCGUCAUCCCCGCAGCUCAGCUCAUGACCCUGUCCCUGUCCUUGUAUUGUGAUAUGAUAUAUAAUAUCGUGGUUUGUGUAUGGUUAUUCAUCCUGACGACGAAUAAAUACUAGUCGCAGUCUU